AUUGUUUAGACAAGGAUAACAUUUACAAGUUUUUACAACCUAUUUCUGGCCAAGCAAGUGUGUUUAAUACAGAGUAUGCCGUGGGUAAAGUUCGUAGGCAGGUAUUCUUGCCGUCCUACACUCCGGAGAAGUUGUCCAUCUACACUGACUCCAUGUGGCGACAGAGUGUCUGGCUGACGGAGACUCUCGCACCGUAUGUUGGCAAAGGACCCUUCCGCAUUGAACAUAUCUUAGGAGGGUUCUGUUUUGACAAUAUUAUUGGAGCAGCAGACAUCGAAGAAUUAAGAGACGAAUAUAGCUCGGUGCAGAUGUGUUUCAACUACGUGUCGUGCCUUCGACUGGUAGUCCAGAGGUGGACCAGCCUGUGGAUGCAGACAGACUUGCUGCACAGGCUGUCCAGCAACCACAGAGAAAUGGACAAGCUGUUGGCUUCACUACAUACAUACGUGUAUAGGGCACAAGAAAUGAGAAGAAACAAAUUGGCAAACUUCACUUCACAACAAACGAAAAAUAAUGUUGCCGGAGAUAACGAAAAAUUAAAACCUGGCUUGUUUGAUAAUUUGAUUAACAGUAAAUUGAGUAAAAAGGAGAUUUCUGAGGAAAUAGCGAUCAUGUUCGCCGCAUCGGACGAGUGUGGCUUAGCCAUUUUCUUUACUUUGAAGCUUCUAGCUAUGUAUCCGUCCGUACAAGACAAAGCAUUCGAAGAGCUACAAAAUGUUUUCGGCGAUUCAGACCGAUCAUUUGUGAAAGAGGACUUGACGAGGACGCCCUACCUGGAUAUGGUUAUAAAGGAAUCGCUGCGGAUUUUCUCAAUCGUACCUUUCGUUUUACGGAAAGCGCAUACUGAUACAAAACUACCAUCCGGGAGAGUGAUACCAGCUGGAGCGGGCAUCGGUAUAGCAAUAUACAGCGUGCUCCGGGAUCCGAAGUACUGGGGUCCUGAUGCAGAUCACUUCGACCCGGAGCGGUUCCUGCCGGAGCGACUGGCGACUGUUCCGGAUAUUGCCUAUAAACCCUUCAGCUAUGGACCGCGGAGUUGCCCCGGUUACAAGUUCGCACAGAACAUAAUCAAAAUAGGUCUGUGCUCGAUACUGCGGAAGUAUAAGGUGGUGGGCACACCGGCGGCCGGCCCCGUGCCUUGUAUAGCUACCAAGUACGAAAUUGCCCAGAGGCCCGUUGAUGAUCAUAUCGAGCUUGUCAGUAGAAGCUAA